CAUCCCUCAAAAAAAAAAAGCAGCGCUUGUCGUGCCCAAACGGCUCGAUAACUGGAUGAGGUAAGAAACAGCCUCGCGAACAUCCUGGUCCAAAAAAUGGCCAUGGCAAUGGCCGCUUCCUUCGCCGCCCGCCACCACCACGGGCACCUCGCCGCCGGCCUCCCCUCCACCCCUCAAUCGGGCGGAAGGACUAGCCGCAGCGCUGCCACCAUCUCCAUGAAGGCUCAGAAAAAGCAGAGCAGUGAGCCUGGAAGUGGGAAGGGGGGCGGGGACGGGCGAGUAAGCGGUGGGCGGCGAGUGUGGCGUCGCCGGAAACUGACCAAAGAGGAUGACAUGUUGCGUUACAAGUUGGAUCGUAUCCCUUUCUUAGAAGAGAAAGUGAGAAAAGUAAGGGAAAAUGGGAAGCUUGUGUGCUUGGAUAUCAACCAGCUCAUGUUAUCUCAAGAGAACAGAUUCGCAUUCACAAUGGAGGUGGCAGAAGAAGCUAACGCCUAUCUUGAGAAGCACAGGCAUGAGUAUGGAUUGAAAAAACCUAUACUGCAUGUGCUUAGCGAUCGUAUGAAUGAAGCUGGAUUUUCUCGGCCAGAGGGUUACCUUUAUCCUUAUCCUAUCAAGCCUGGGCCUUAUUUCAUAAAAGAAGAAGGGAAUUGAAUAGAAUCACAUGCUCUAUAGACCAAGGAACACAAGUUUGGGGGGUUCCUAACAGAAUGGAGCGGUCUGGUCUGCAGGGCUCCUAGUUUUUCUUGUAUACACUACGCAGUUGAGAAGGAAUUUGAAAGCUCUGGAACAACUUACAAAAUCAAAAUGCUCAGAUAAAUCAAAAUCAAGAUACGUUUUGUCCCGGGAGCUCUGAAGAUUUGCACCCAGACCUCCAUGUUAGUAUAUAACGUGAAGCGAAGGUAGCCUGUUGUUUCUUGACGUCGUCUGUGUUGCUUCAGUGCUGUCACGGGAUCGGAAUGCUGAGGUUUGCUGAACAAGAUCUCCUGGCCCAUUUUAUUGUUGUCUUGAAAUAUUGUAUAGAUAUUGGGAUAUUUACGAUAAUUUACGUCUUCUUUCGAUUAA